UACAUAUUUGACAGGGCACAGUCAGGCAUAGCCUGUACUCCAGCUCAGUGUUCAGUAAGGCACAGACGCUCUAGCCACUCUCCCACUCUUCUUGAUUUUCAUUCGGAUUUGUUGGUGCCGAACAGCAAUAAGCAGCCAUGGAUGCCAUCAAGAAGAAGAUGCAGAUGCUCAAGCUCGACAAGGAGAAUGCCUUGGACAGAGCUGAGCAGGCUGAGGGAGAUAAGAAGGCGGCAGAGGACAGAAGCAAACAGCUUGAGGACGAUUUGGUAGCUCUGCAGAAGAAGCUGAAGGGAACUGAGGAUGAGUUGGACAAGUACUCCGAGGCUCUUAAAGACGCCCAGGAAAAACUUGAGCUGGCUGAGAAGAAAGCCACAGAUGCUGAGGGAGAUGUCGCUUCACUUAACAGACGCAUCCAGCUGGUUGAGGAGGAGUUGGAUCGUGCUCAGGAGCGUCUGGCUACUGCCCUGACCAAGCUGGAGGAGGCUGAGAAGGCUGCUGAUGAGAGCGAGAGAGGCAUGAAGGUCAUUGAGAACAGGGCCAUGAAGGACGAGGAGAAGAUGGAACUGCAGGAGAUCCAGCUCAAAGAGGCCAAGCACAUCGCUGAGGAGGCUGACCGCAAAUAUGAGGAGGUUGCCCGUAAGCUGGUCAUCAUUGAGGGAGACCUGGAACGUACAGAGGAGCGUGCUGAGCUGAAUGAGAGACGGGCUCGGACAACGGAUGAUGAGCUAGGGGUUAUGGAGCAAAGCAUGAAAUCGCUAAACUCCUCAGUCGCUAAGUACUCACAGAAGGAGGACAAAUACGAGGAGGAGAUCAAGGUCCUCACCGACAAGCUCAAGGAGGCUGAGACUCGUGCUGAGUUCGCUGAGAGAUCAGUAGCCAAGCUUGAGAAGACCAUUGAUGACUUGGAAGAUGAGUUGUAUGCCCAGAAACUGAAGUACAAGGCCAUCAGCGAGGAGCUGGACCACGCCCUCAACGACAUGACUUCCAUAUAAAUGUUUUACACCUCAUCAAAGACGCCUCCUGCCGGCUGAGCGGCAUCUGUCUGCUCUCUCCAGCCAUCUCUCUAUUCCCCAUCCCUUUCUGUCUUUGCUUUCCUUUCUUCCUCAUGUUUUCAUCCUCAUGUCAAAGUUUAUUGCAUCCCAUCACUUGUACAGAAUCCUAGAAUCUUUCUGCAUUGUGUAAAAAAUAAACGUCCUUCCUUCUAUGUAAGCUGUAUCUCUUUACUCUGUCCUCUUUUUUUUCUUUUUCAUUUAUUUAUUUUCAAGUGGUCCUAAUAAAACCAGGAAGACUUGAUUUUAAGUUUAUGUUUUUCAUUCUGUUUCUGUAUCUCAACACACCAUUCAUUGAGCUUUACCAUGCUUUUCUUAAUUCUUGCUCUUUUUAUUUUCAAACAUUGUUCUGUGGACCUGAGAUAAGGAAAAUCACAGUGGUUCCACGAGCAAAGAAAGCUAGAACUACAGGUACUUGAGUAAAAGCAGAGCCAAGUUGUCUUCUCUCUUAGCAUUUCAGUCUGAUGCAUGCAAGUUUUUCCACAUUAAGUACUGUGACACAAGGAGCUGACUGGAAAGUUGUGGGAAUUGUAGGGAAGUAUUAUUAUUAUUGGAUUAUCAGGGAGAUUGUAUUGAGGUGGAGGAAAGGGAUCACAGUAGAAGACAGAACAGUAUGUAAGAUGUGUUGAACAUCUUGUUGCUGGAAAUUGGAUUGAAUGAAAAUGCUAUCAGUGAUUAUAAGACAUUGGUUUUGUAUGAAACACAGUAUCCUGUCAUAUAUUUGAAUAAAUAUACAACAACACA